AUGGAUUCUCAAGAAUUUACUGUAUUAUACACUCACCAAAAAAUGAAAAAGUCCAAAACAUGGCAAGAUGGAGUUCUGAGGAUUAGAACUGGCAGAAAUAAGGCUGUCUUGCUUGAUGAUAAAGGACAAUGCUUGGAGAGUAUUUUUAUCAGUUCUCAGCUGAAUGCUGGAGAUAGCUUGGAAAGUGACCGGUAUUUGAUCACAGUUGAAGCACUAAAAAUGAAUGAAAAACCUCUUGAAGAUCAGCCAAGGAGAGCUGAAAUUCCAGCAGUGGAUAGAAAUGGUGUGAAACCUGCUGUCCUGCCUCCAAGACAUCUGUCUGUUGGCUUGAAGAGGAAGUUUACAGGCUUCCGAGUGCCACGGCAAGUUGAAAAGAAGAUGUCAACAAUGGAAGAUGGAGAAAGCCUAGCAACAGUUCCUUUACCAAAGCAGUGUCAGGGUACUUUGCCAUCCACUUUCUAUAUUUCCUCUCCAUUAUUUUCUACUAUUUCCAAGAAGGAUGAAGAUGCAAAUCUUCCUGCAGGCUUCCAUGAAGAUGUGUGCAUGGCUAAUGGCAGGGAACACAGGUCUCUCUCCUCACUGCUUUCAGCUCCAUUUCUUGAUAGAUGUGUGGAGGUGGAGAAGCAAAACCCUGGUCAGUCCAUUGUGAAGCCAGAAUUUCCUCUAAUUGCUGGGCACAACCAAUCCAGUGGUCAGACAGCUGAUCACAGGGCAGUGUCACACAAGAUCAGAAGCACAGCACAGAUAAUAGCUCUUUUGAAGUCUAAACCAGCACAAAGAUGCAGAGAGCAACCAACAUCUCAAGUCUCAGAGUGUCUUCCUAGGUUUCAGGCAUCAGAAGAGGCAGACAUUCUGUAUGAUCAAAAAAGCACAAUCUCACCUGCUUUUACAGGUGACCCUGCCAAAAGGCUCCCUCAAAAUGGUCAGCCCUUGCCUUUUACAAAGGGAACUGCAAAUGGUAAAAAGGAAUGGAAUGCUGAAAUGCUUUCAAACUCAGCUGAACAACCUUGGGAUAAAGAAUUUACAGGACAGAGACAUGAGCAAAAGGCAAAGAAUUUAAGUCAAGAAUUACAAGAUCCCUGCAGUGCCAGUAGUUUAUUCCCACCUGAAUCCACCAUGACUGUCACAACGAGUGACAGUCAGUUUGUCCCAUCCUCAGGGGAUGUUGCAUGGUCAUCAAGUCCAACCACCUUUGAAGCAGAUCUCUCCAGAUACAGGGAGCAUUCAGUGACUGGUGAUCUUCAGGAGGAUUCAUCUGUGAAGCUGCAAAGUGGGCUUCAGUCAAGCCAAAAUUCAGAAGCAGUGCCCAAUGACCUGGAGCUCUCUGUGGACAGAACAGUGACUGAAAUGGGAGUUGUGAAGGAGGAAUUCAGUGCACAUGACAAAGACUGUGGUCCAGGUGAAGAACUGAUGGAGGUUAGCUUUAAUCUAGUGGAGUCUUUUGAUUUUAAUGACUCAGACAAUCAAGACUCGUGUGAAAGAGAAGUGGAUAAGCUCACUGAAGGAGACAGACUUUCACAACACCCAGAUUGCCUAAAGGGAGAAGAUGUGGUACAAAAUGCUGUGUUGGGAUUUCAUUCUUGCUCUGAAGUAGUGACACACAGUAAAAAUGAAGCCAAAUGUUCAACACUUGAUGGAGAGAAUGAUGGAAAUUACUGCACAGCAGAUAAACCAUCUCAGCUUUGCGACAGCAACAUCAGAGAAGCAGGGAGAGCUGCAGAAGACUCUGCAAACCAGACCAGAACUGAAGGGGAGCUUCUGGGUGAUGGACACAAUGUAAAAGAGAGGGAUGAAAGUCAGUUAAGGACUGAAGCAACAAACAGUGAGAGGGAUUUUGAUGGCUAUGCAGCCCAUACCACUAAUGGCAUGUCAUGGGUAAAAAGCAAGCACUCAGAUCCUUUGCCUGGUGACACAAAUGUUAAUGAAUGUCACCCUAAAGCCAGCAUGCUUGAGACAAGGGAAAGUAUUUCAUGUGUUUCUACCAGCAGAGUAAUUUCUGCAAUGGCCAAAAUGACCAAAGAAGAUGUUACACAGCUUGGAUGUGUGAAGUCCUCAGGUGCUGAUUUAGGACACUUGGGGGUUACUGAGAGUGAUGACAUUAAACCAGACAGUCCUUUGCUGGCUCUGUCACAAAGAUCAGAUCCUGGCUGUGACUCACUCCAGUAUUUUCCAGAACACCAUCAAAAGGUAAUUGUCAUUGCAGAUGAGGAAGAGCCUCUCACUCCCAGAAGUUCUAUCUAUCCUUUAGGACAAGGCCACUCCUCUUCAGAGGAAACAGCAAUAGGUGAAACCAAGUUUGGAAAUGCAGAGAGCACAAAUGCCUUGCAUGAAGCUUGCAAAGGUGACAGAAUAGGAAUGGAUUACCUGAAGUGUACAGUGAUGGCUGAAAAUUCCUCAGAGCUCCCCGAUUUGGUAAACAACAUUGCUCUGAUAAGAGCUUUAACUGAACACAGCACAGCAUUAGAAAGCUUACAAAAGAUGGAGGACAGUAGUAGCACAUUACCUGAAGCAGAGACUUCUAAGGAGAUAUUUGAACCCCUUGUGAAAGAUGAAGCUGUAGAACAGUUUACAGAAAUGCCUUACUCAGAAAGUGUAGAGGCAUCUUCCUGUUCAUACUUUGAUUCUUCUGGCCUUCUGCCCAACUGCAUGGAUAAUUUAUUACAGAAGACAGAUGAACGUAUUCUACCAGCAGCAGCAGCCCAAAGAGACCCUGGGACACUUGACUGCCAACCAAUGCCUGUUGCAUUUCAAGGGCACAAAGUAAAAGGAUCAGCAGCUAGUGAGGUCAUGUUGAGAGCUCCCUGCUCACAGCCAGGAUGGCAGCAGUACCCAGACAAUCCAGAGUUUGCAGCUGAGACGUUUCUGUCACCCCUGUUUUCAAGCAAUUCUGUCUUUUCUGACUUCAGACAGUUUCCAGGCUCUAGAAGUCUCCAUGAGGAUGAUACCAGCUUCAGCAGAAAAGAGACUUUUCAGAAGUCAAACAUUAUGGAAGAGCCAGGCCUGGAGCAGUCCCCCCUGGCAUUGAACAUGUGUUCUGAAGUUCCACCGUGGGCAGUAUCAGGCUCACCUGCAUGUUCUGAUUGGAGAGAAAAGCAGUGGACUUCAUGGCAACCUGACAAGAUCAUUCCAUCUGCAGAACUGACUUCCUCACUUGAUCCAUACUCUACAGUUUCUCCAGCUUCAGGAACUACUGGAGACAUCCAGGAGCCCCUGAUACAUGGAAUCUUGCCAAGUGACCCAGAACUUCCAGAAAUGUAUUUCACACAGGAGAAACCCAGCUACCCAGAGGAAUGCAACCUUUCAAGAGUCAAACCCAUGGUUAAAACAAGAAGUCCAUUUGUCACUCUUCCUGCCACUGAGAUGAUUCCUGAUGCAGUUUAUCCAGCUGACAAGGAGGUCCAGCAAUCUUUUGGCUCUUCAGCAGCCCAUUUAGGCAAGGAGUCAGUGGUAUUUCCUAUCAAUGCUUUUGGCCCCAAGGACAGAAAUUAUGAAACCUCUGUGUUUGGAGAGUAUACAGAAGAUGGACAAAGGGAAUCUGCACAACCAGUGUACCCUAACAUGACUCCACAGCACAGACAAAGCAAGUGGCUAAAGUAUCAAAACAAUGCUCAGUGUGACUUGAUAACUCAAAACAGUGAUGACAAGGAAGUGACUGAUGACAUCUGUGCUGAGAAUGUCCUUGGAAUGCUGCUGGGUGACACAGGAGAGAGCAGUACUGCAAAGAAUAGUGCUCUACAGACGGCAAAGAGCAUGCCUGGCAAAUGCUGUCCGAAUGCCAGCAACCAGGAUUUGAUUUCAGAGAGGAAGUCACUUUCUCUGCACUUAAAUCAGACACCUUUGGCUGAAGCAACACAAAAGGUGUUAAGUCAUCUGAGCUGCCAGAGUGUAACAGGAGACAGCCAGGCCAUAGCAAUUCCUGAGUUAUCUUUUCCUCCUGGGGAUAAAGUAAAACACAGCAGUCUUCCCAAGAGACAGAUUUCCAUACCAACUGUGUUUCAGUCUCACAUUCACUACAAGCAGAUUUUCAAAGCAGCUCUGACAGAGCAAUUAAACAUCCUGCUCUUUGAGUCAUCACAAAGGUUACACAAUGCUCUCUCCAAAGUGGAUAUAUCAUUCUACUUUUCACCAAAAGAGGGGCAAAGUGAGAGCAAAGAAAGCUGUGUUCCACUCUGCAACCACAAGCAGCCUGCUAAGCUGGUGAUGGUCAAAAAGGAAGGGCAAAACAAGGGUCGUUUGUUCUAUGCCUGUGAUGCCCCAAAAGCUGAGCAGUGUUCAUUCUUCAAGUGGAUGGAAGAUGUGAACCCCACACAGAUGAAAUCCAGACCAGCUGCAGUGCUUCAGGAUAUAAAAAGCAUUGGGACAUACCUUAGAAGUCAACAGAUCUCUCUCUAUGAGGGAUGCCAGCUUUUGGUGAGGAAAGCCUUUGAGACUCAAAGCCAGCGGUAUAGUAAAUUCAAGAAGUUUAUGAACACACCUGAGCUGGAGGACUCCAAACCCAAACUAUACCUCAAACUAAGCAGGAAGGAGCAUUCUUCUCUCUAUAGCAAAGAUGAUAUUUGGGUCAUUUCAAAGACUCUGAUCUUUGAUCCCCUUGAUACUUUCAUUGCAAAUACUGCUUUCUUUGGACCAUCCUCCAACAAUGAAAUGGAAUUGCUACCCCUGAAAGGCUACAGCCCCUCAAAUUGGAGAUCAAAUACUUGUGUUCAUGCCUUGCUGGUUUGUAAUGCUAGUGGUGAGCUGACAUCUCUAAGAAACAUGGAGGAGCACUUCAAUCCAUCUUCAUUACCACUAACACCAUAUCUACUGAAAAAGGAUUUUGCUUCUGAAAAUGCUACCAAGAGAGUCAACAAAAGAAAGUUUAUUCCACCUGCCAUCAGCCUGAAACACACCAUGAAGUCUGGACCUGUCAGCACUGAAGAGGCAAUGGAACUAGCUACAAAUAUGAUCCAGAUGUUCUCAUUGAACCCUGAUCAAGCAGCAUCACUGAUUCAGAUAGCUCAGACGAUGACCUCAUGUGAAAACAGCAGUUCGGGGGAAGAACAUCAGACCCUCCCUGUCACAAUCAUACGUGGUGUGUUUGGAGCUGGCAAGAGCUAUCUGCUGUCUGUGGUCAUCUUGUUCCUAGUGCAGCUCUUUGAAAGAAGUGAAGCUACAGAAGGUCCAAGGCCAACUCCAUGGAAACUUCUGAUUGCUUCUUCUACUAAUGUUGCUGUUGACAGGAUACUGCUGGGUCUCCUUGAUCUUGGAUUUGAGGAUUUUAUCAGAGUGGGAAGCAUUAGGAAAAUCACCAAAGCAAUCCUUCCUCACAGUUUGCAUGCUGGCUCAGGAAAUGACAGUGAGCAGCUGAAAGAGCUUCUUGCUCUCUUGAAAGAAGAUUUAACUCCAGCUGAGAAAAUAUAUGUAAAGAAGAGUAUUGAGCAACAUAAACUGGGGACCAAUAAAGCUAUACUGCAACAGGUAAAAGUGGUUGGAGUGACCUGUGCUGCCUGCCCCUUCCCAUGCCUGAACAGUCUGAAGUUUCCUGUAGUGAUGCUGGAUGAGUGCAGCCAGAUGACUGAACCUGCUUCUCUCCUUCCUAUUGCAAGGUUCCAGUGUGAGAAGCUAGUCCUUGUUGGAGACCCCAAGCAGUUACCACCAACUAUUCCAGGGUCUGAGAGUGUUCAUGAAAAGGGGCUGGAGCAGACUCUCUUUGACCGGCUUUGCUUAAUGGGACAUAAGCCAGUCCUCCUUCGGACGCAGUAUCGAUGCCACCCUGCCAUCAGUGCCAUAGCCAAUGAGCUGUUCUAUGGAGGAGAGCUGAUAGAUGGUGUUUCUGAGAAGGAGAGAAGUCCUUUAUUGCGCUGGCUUCCAACACUGUGUUUUUAUAGUGUCAAUGGGGUUGAGCAAAUGGAAAGAGACAACAGCUUUUAUAACAUGGCAGAAGUUCAUUUCACAGUCAAGCUCAUCCAGUCACUGAUUGCAAGUGGGAUCCAAGGGUCUGCAGUCGGUGUGAUCACCCUUUACAAGUCACAGAUGUGUAAGAUCCAGACCCUGCUUCAUGGGGCACACUCUGAGGCUUUUGAAAUGAAAGCUGUCCAGGUGUCCACUGUGGAUGCAUUCCAGGGGGCUGAGAAGGAGGUCAUCAUUCUGUCAUGUGUAAGGAGCAGGCAGAUGGGCUUCAUAGACUCAGAGCGGAGAAUGAACGUCGCCCUGACCAGAGCAAAGAGACACCUGCUGAUCCUUGGGCAUCUGGCCUGCCUGAGCAAGAACAGGCUGUGGGGAAGAGUUAUUCACCACUGCAAAGGACGGGAAAAUGGAUUACAACAUGUAAGCCAGUGUGAGCAGCAGCUAAACAACAUUCUUAAGUGCUAUCUGGAGAAAUGGAAAGAAGAACAGAGUAAGAAGAAGGAAAAAUAG